UGCCAUGCUGUCUUGGGAUGCCAGUGAGGGCGCUGUGGAGUACUUUGCCUGUGCCCAGUCUAUGGAUGGAGAGGCGUUCUACUGUGAAAACACUGCAGCUUACUGCAUCAUUGAAGGCCUGAAAUGCGGAGGCGUUUACAAUUUCUCUGUUGAAGCUUCAAACGGCGUCUGCAACAGCUCGUUCAGUCCACCUCUGCAGGCGGGAGCAGCUCCAUGCCCUCCAACUGGUGUCAAUGUCAGAAUGCAGAAGAUAGACCAAGGUCACUGGGCCAUGACGUCAUGGGACAGCGUCAACUGUUCUGAUGUUGAGUACCAAGCGAAGAUAACCGGCCGAAUCCAAAACAACCCACAGUCCCUGAUGGAUGUCUCUUCUUACUGGCUGCCCAGGAAAUACUUUGAGUUCCCAAUGCCUUGCAGCACCGCUUAUAAUCUCACUGUACGCUCCAGAAACGCAGCUGCAGUCAGCGGACAACCCAGUGCCUUUAGUGGAGUCACAGUCCCCUGUGCUCCGCAGAAUGUGCAGUUCACCGGUGACACAGACCCAGCCGAGCUGUCCUGGAAUGCGUCAGUGUUUGCCACAAGAUACAAUGUCUACAAUUUGUCAGGGGGAGAUCGAGUUGAGCUUUGCAGCACCACCGGGCUCUCCUGUCAGCUGACCAACUUCGAUUCUGACGCCACUGGAGUGACGGCCAGCAAUGAAGAGGGAGAGAGCAUCCUUAACCAAGAUAUUACAGGUCCAGCAGGAGCUCGCAGAAGAAGAGAUUUGCAGGACAGUGCACACUAUGCCAGUUUAGACAAAGAUCUAAAAACUCCGAAAGUGCUGAAUGUAAAAGUAAGUGGACUUUCCUUGUAUGUGAAUUGGACGUCAGUGAUGGAUGCAACCGAGUACAAAGUUGUGAUCGAGGAGCAACAGAAAGACCAGCAGGCCAAUCAGCAACCUAGAGUGAGAAUCGUGGAGGGUAAUUUUUACAAAGAGAACGACCUCAAGCCGCGGACCAACUACUGCAUCAGGCUGGCAGCCAAAAACACCGUCAACCAAAGUGAAUACUCCAAGCCAAUCUGUAGAACCACCGGUGUCUCCUCAUGAAAAAUCACAGAUCCACUUAAAUGGACACUGGACUCAGCAGAAAUAUCUUCUUAAUUGUUAUAUGUUUGUUUUCUUCACUCUGUAGCAUCCUUAACACCAUUUUAAAGGUUCAAUCUUUAAGAAACUUUAAAAGUAAAAUUGUAAAAAAGAAAGUUAUUACUACAAAACUACAAAACAAUUAUUCUGUUUCAUCUCAAGAAUGCAUCACGAUCAAACCUAUGGCGAAACAUUUUAGAUUUGAAUGCUUAUUAAUCAAUUUUUUAGUAAUAGCAUAUAUACAUUUUCAUAACUGUGGCUGGUAUCCUAGAAUAAUAAAGUAUUGCUGAAUAUUGUAUUUAUCAAAAAUGGAUUUAUUUUUAAGAUUGACCAUUAGAUUCUGUGGAUGAUUGCUAAACUAGAAAAGUAGUAAACAAAAUAAACUGGUAAUUUAUCAAGCAAUAUUUUUCAAAGACAUUCAGUAUAUAUUCUUAAUGAUGUCCUAUGUGCCUUCUCACUUUGUGAACACUUUUACAGAUAUUGAGUAAAAUAAAUCUGUGAAACAUUAAAAUAUCCCUCUGUGUAAACAAAGAUGUUUGAAACCUUCCUUUAAAAAAAGAAAAUCUAAACUCAAUGUAUGUGUGUCUGAAUCCAUCCAAAGCUAGU